AUGAGGUCACGGUACCUGGGGCCGGGAGCGGGGCCGCCGCGGGAAGAGGCAGCUGCUGCCGCCGGCGAAGGAACCGCGGGUGCCGGCGCCCGUCGCAGGCUUCCGGGGGAGCGGCCUGGCCCAUCAGCGCGCCCGAUAAAGGCGGAGCCGGCGGCGGAAGCGCCUUUAGCCACCCCGGCAGGAUGGGGGAGCCGGAGCCACAUGAACAUCCUGAUCAUCGGCCAUGUGGACUCGGGUAAAUCCACCACCACCGGCCACCUCAUCUACCAGUGCGGGGGGCUGGAACCCCGGCUGCUGGAGAAGCUGGAGGCCGCGGCUAGCCAGGUACGCUCGCCCCCUUCCGUCCCCACGGCGGGGUCGCCCUUCCCCGGGCGGCCCCGGCCCGGGCGCCCUGAGCGCCGCUCCGCCCCGCAGGUGGGGAAAGGCUCCUUCAAGUUCGCCUGGGUGCUGGACAGGCCGCGGGCGGCGCGGGAGCGGGAGCGGGGCAUCACCAUCGACCUUCGCUUCUCCGUCACCAUCAUCGACGCGCCGGGCCACCGCGACUUCAUCAAGAACAUGCUGACCGGCACCUCCCAGGCGGACGCCGCGGUGCUGAUGGUCUCGGCCUCGGCCGCGCCCGGGGAGUUCGAGGCCGGCGUGUGCCGGCAGGGGCAGACCCGCGAGCACGCCCUGCUGGCCUACACCCUGGGCGUCAAGCAGCUGCUCUCCGAGCCGCCCUCCAGCCAGCGGCGCUUCGAGGAGGUGGUGCGGGGCGUCAGCCUCUACCUGGGCAGGAUCGGCUACAGCCCGGCCGCGGUGCCCUGCCUGCCGGUGUCCGGCUGGGCCGGCGAGAACGUCACCCUGCCCAGCCCCAAGAUGCCGUGGUUCAAAGGCUGGAAGGUCAAACGGAAGGAAGGCUUUGGGAAGGGACAGACGCUUCUGGAAGCGCUGGAUUCUCUCCUGCCUCCCGUGAGGCCCAGUAACAAACCGCUGAGGGUGCCUCUGCAGGACGUCUACAAGAUUGGAGGAAUUGGCACUGUACCAGUGGGGAAGAUAGAGACAGGCAUCCUCAAGCCUGGCAUGAACAUCUCCUUUGCCCCUGCAAACCUCUCAGCAGAGGUCAGAACCAUUGAAAUGCACCAUGAGCUGCUGCAGGUGGCUUUUCCUGGUUACAAUGUGGGCUUCAACAUAAAGAACAUCUCAGUCAAGAACCUGAGACGGGGCCAUGUAGCUGGCAACUCCAGGAGUGACCCCCCAGCAGCAGCAGCCCACGUCACUGCUCAGGUGAUCAUCUUGAAUCACGCUGGCUUUAUCAAGGCUGGCUACUCACCAGUGGUAGACUGUCACACUGCUCAUAUCACCUGCCAGUUUGCUGAGCUCUUUGAGAAGAUUGACCGUCGAUCUGGGGAGAAGCUGGAGGACAAUCCCUCCGUGCUGAAGUCCGGAGACUCUGCUACUGUCAGGCUUGUACCUAAGAAGCCUCUGUGUGUGGAGAGGUUUUUUGACUAUCCCCCUUUAGGUCGCUUUGCAGCUUGGGACUUGAAGCAGACUGUUGCGGUUGGAGUCAUCAAAUCUGUGGAAAAGAAGCCUGCAGGUGUCACUAGAAAACAGGUGCAGAAAGCUCUGCUUAUCAAGUGAAAUGGGUCUUUUUUUUGUUUAAAGCCAAUUUAAUUGAAAGGUACCUUUCAUGUAAUAAGGUUAAUUUGAGAUGGACUUUUGUUUUGCUUAACCCAGAAUUGGGAUGAUUCUGUUUUAUGGCUGGUUCAGAGCCAGUAACAUUAUCUGAACAUUAAAGGCCUCUUCAUCUCAGAGGCCUGCAUCCAGUUUAAUAAAGAAAUCAUUUAAGAGAA